AGCUCCCCUCCUCACUGGAGAAUGCCCUGAGACAGGAACCACCUGGCAAGGCCUGGGCGGAGCCAAACUACCAGGGAGUUGGGGCUGAGAUGCAAGGGCCUGCUAUGGAAGCGUAGGUGCUUCACUUGUGUUCCCAACAGUUUCUUGAGAUCCAAAGCAUUUGGAGGCUGGACCCUCGCUUUUUUCCAUGGGACACAAGAAUGCAGAGGAAAUUCUGUGGAAGGAACCACACAAAGUUUCCAGCUCCCUAAGUGUGUAGGAGCAUGAUCUGGACAUCAGAAAAAAGAGAAUUGAAGCAUUUGUUUUGAAAAAAGAAAAACACAUUUAAAGAAUUACAUGGACUUUGCAAACAGAUAUAAGAAAAUGAAAGUAAAAAUUUGAACACGAUCCAGGCUACAGAGGUUGCAGUGGAUAAGAAGUUUAAAAGAUUUGGUUCAAGAUUACAGGAGACUGCAAGAAAAGUUAAAGACAUGGAAAUGAGGAUCAAGUGACAGGAUGCUAUUUUUCCUGAGAAUACUGAAGAUUGUAAAGCAUUGAGAAAUCGAAUUCAUGACCCUGGAAAUCAAGCUCAGAUUAAGAAAUGUCAGGCAUUCGACCUCCGAUCAUGAAUGGGCCCAUGCACCCACGCCCUUUGGUAGCUUUGCUGGAUGGCAGGGAUUGUACAGUAGAAAUGCCUAUUCUGAAGGAUGUAGCCACGGUGGCAUUUUGUGAUGCUCAGUCUACGCAAGAAAUUCAUGAAAAGGUACUAAAUGAAGCAGUGGGUGCACUGAUGUAUCACACUAUCACUUUAACACGAGAAGACCUGGAGAAAUUCAAAGCACUUCGAAUAAUUGUCCGAAUUGGCAGUGGUUUUGAUAACAUUGACAUCAAAUCUGCUGGGGAUUUAGGAAUUGCAGUAUGUAAUGUGCCAGCCGCAUCAGUAGAAGAGACAGCAGAUUCUACAAUGUGCCACAUCCUGAACCUUUACAGGCGAACCACCUGGCUUCACCAGGCCUUGCGAGAAGGCACAAGAGUACAGAGUGUUGAGCAGAUUCGGGAAGUUGCUUCUGGAGCUGCCAGGAUUAGAGGGGAGACCUUGGGCAUUAUUGGAUUAGGACGUGUUGGGCAAGCAGUAGCACUACGUGCAAAGGCCUUUGGCUUUAGUGUUCUUUUUUACGACCCAUACCUCUCAGAUGGCGUUGAACGUGCUCUUGGACUGCAGCGGGUGAGCACUUUACAGGACCUGCUAUUUCACAGUGACUGUGUAACCCUGCACUGCAACUUGAAUGAACACAAUCAUCAUCUUAUUAAUGACUUCACCAUUAAACAGAUGAGACAAGGGGCUUUCCUGGUCAACACAGCUCGAGGUGGGUUAGUAGACGAAAAAGCACUUGCACAGGCCCUGAAGGAAGGAAGGAUACGAGGGGCAGCCUUAGAUGUACAUGAGUCAGAACCAUUCAGCUUUAGUCAGGGUCCAUUGAAGGAUGCACCAAACCUGAUCUGUACCCCACAUGCAGCCUGGUACAGUGAACAAGCUUCAAUUGAGAUGCGGGAGGAAGCAGCACGAGAGAUCCGUAGGGCUAUCACAGGUCGUAUUCCAGACAGCCUGAAAAACUGUGUUAACAAAGAUCAUUUGACUGCAGCUACACCCUGGGCCAGCAUGGAUCCAGGAGUUGUUCAUCCAGAGCUUAAUGGUGCUGCAUACAGCAGGUAUCCCCCAGGUGUUGUAAGCGUGGCUCCAGCUGGCAUACCUACGGCAGUAGAAGGAAUAGUUCCCAACCCCAUGUCUUUAUCACACGGCCUUCCUGCUGUGGCCCAUCCACCACAUGCUCCUUCCCCCGGCCAAACAGUCAAACCAGAAGCUGAUAGAGACCACCCAAGUGACCAAUUGUAGCCUAAGAAAACAGCAUUCCCAACAUUGGAGAUUUCAACUUCAGAGAGUGUGUGGAAAAAAUCUGGAUUUUGAAUAAAGGCAAAACCAUGAACUUACAGGAGGAGACGACAACUGUUUUAGAAACUGGUCCAAUAUACAGUGUAAAAGGAAAAGGUGGGAGACGAAAAGAAGAUUCGGAAACGUUUUUUCCUCCGUAUAAAUUGUAGUUUGUCCCUGUCCAGUGGACUGAUUCACUGUUUCUGUGUCCUAUGGGUUCUUUGUUAAGCAAGAGAAGUUAGUAGUUAAUUAUAUCAUGAAUGUACUUGUCUGUGUACAGUUUUUAGAACAUUAAAAAGGGUUUGUUUUGCUUAGCUGUCAACAAGGAAAAAACACAUAAGGGAGGCAUUCAACAAACCAAUUUUGAGAUUAAAAUCCUUUCUUUUAUAUGUUAAAACAUGCCCAAAAAUGAAGCAGUUGGCAAACUUCUCAGGACAAUGAAUUUUUCCCAUUUUUCUUUCUACGCCACACAGUGCAUUGUUUUUUCUACCUGCUUGUCUUAUUUUUUAGAAUGAUUUAGUAAACAAAAGAAAAAACAGUUUCUCCUUAUUUUGGCAUGAAUUCCCUUAUUUCAAAAUGAAGACAACAUUGCAAAGAGAUUUUGAGGAAAAAAAAGGUUUUGUAUAAACAAGCAUUGUGCUUUUUGUCACCAGUUAAAGUAUAUAUUAUUGGUGGUUUGCGAAAAAGGCACUAGACUACUGAAAAGUAGCAGCAUUUCAUUGCCUACAUUGAUUCCUUCCUGGUAAUGUGGUAGGCUAGCAAUAUUUUUGGUUAAAAUCAUGUUUGUGACUGUAACCAUUUGUAUGAAUUAUUUUAAAGAAAUAAAAAUCCCAGACAAAUA